GUAUUUCUGUCGAUUAUUUUGAGUUGUAAGCGCAAGAACAAGAAGAGCAGCGGCACAUAUACAACUUUUUUCUUUACUCUGUACUAGAAACCUGGAAAUGAUAUGGGUAGCGUGGUAAAUUUAGCUAACCUAAAGAUCGAUAGCUUAACCAAUCUAACGUCGCAGGCGGACAAGCCUGGGCCUGGUGAUAUGACAAUAGAAGACGGGUUCGAGACUAUCAAAGCUGCGCCAGGGACCAAGAAAGCUAUAAGCGAAGAUACAUUUGAAGCUAGCCCUCAAGCACAAGCAGGUAGACAGCUGUCAAGAGUCGCCCUCUUACCCGUCUUGAAAAAUCUAAAGAGCGGCGAGCAUAGUGCAGAAGACCUUGAAGCUCUCAGUGUUCUUGAGCAUGGCAUCUCAGACCUCAACGACAUCAAUCCUUCACUCCUUCUUGCUUUCUUCACGCAGGCAAUGACGCAGAUAAAGGAGAAUAGCGACUUAAUGAAGCAAAUGGAAACACAUGGUGGGGCGGCUGUGGCUGAUGCCAUUGGGGCUCUAGCUAAUGGGAAGGGGCUCUCGUGCGAAGAAGGUGAAUCUACGUCUUUAUCGUCAACAGCAGGUUCAGACUCCUCAGACAUAACAGCAGUCGAGUCAGAAAAAAAGCCUUCCGAAGCUACCAAGACAGCCGAAGAACCAGUACCAGAGGUCCGAAGUAGCCCAGCAAGUCCAGUAGCAGAGGCAUUGUAUGCUCGUUGGAUCGAGCAUCUGCGAUCCAAAUGGCCAAUUGUCGCAUGAAUCUAUGGCAGCGAAGAUCCCAAAAAUCAAAGUUCAUAAGAGAGUGAAGGAUAGCGCGAUUCUUGUUUAUUAUCGUGCUCUCCCCAAGCAUUCUUUUUUUUCUCUUUUUUAUGUAAUUUUGACAUUUUCAUGUAUAGGGCUUUAGCCGCUUCGCAACGCCAUCCAUUUAUUUUUUUUUUAUGCAGUGAUUUGGGACACUGCUCUUUAACGCUUUGAGGAGAGCAUGUAGAAAACUAGCUCAAUUUUUUCGGGAAUGUUUAAUAAAGUACUUAAUAAACUUUACUUCUUUGAGG